AAGAUCAGAAAAGAAAAGGGUUGAGGAAAACCUAGCCCCGUCGACCCGCUACACACGUGCGCCUUCCGCCGCCCUACCCACGCUCGCCGGCGCCGCCCUCGAUCAAUCGCUCGCCGCUGCCUCGCCUCGCGCUCGCCGGCGUCUCUCCAUCAGUAUAUUCUGAGGAUGGCUUGGGGUCAAGGUGCUAGAAAGCCCAUAAUGGGGCUUCUGUUUCGUGCUCAACAACAAGCGGCUAGGGGAUACUCUUCUUCAGCAUUCCAGACUCAUAUAUUGGGCGUUGAUGCUCCCCAAAAUGGCAUGUUUCUUAGGAGAUUCAGCUCUCAAGUGUCUUCUUCAGAGCAAAUGAGCCUUAUUAAACAACUCCGAGAAAGAACAUGUGCUCCAAUCAAAGAUGUCAAGGCUUCCUUAGUUAGCUGCAACUGGGAUAUUGAGGCUGCACAGAAAGACCUGCGGAAGAGAGGGGUGGUUCUCGCUGCCAAAAAGUCUUCACGGACUGCUGCUGAAGGUUUGCUAGCUAUUGCACAAGAUGAGAAAAGGGCAGCUGUGAUUGAGCUUAACUGUGAAACUGAUUUCGUAGCAAGAAAUGAUGUUUUCCAGUAUCUGGCUUCAUCAGUGGCAAAAAUGGCUUUAUCUGCUCAGGGUCCCGGCCAAUUGUUUUUGCCUUUUGGUCCUGAAUAUUUGGAGAACAUGUCUAUCAAUCUAGAUCAUCCUAAGCUCAGUGGGGAAACAACUGUCCAAAGUGCUGUGACAGAAGUUGCUGCCAUGGUUGGGGAGAAUGUAAAACUCAGAAGAGGUUUCAUAUUAUCAACCACGGCUCAUGGUGUAGUUUCGUCUUAUGUGCAUACCUGUCCUCAGCCAGGUUUGGGUCGUAUUGCUGGAUUGGUUACACUAGAAGCAGAAGAUAGCAGUGCUUCCCUUGAUGCUCUCAAGACAGUUGGGUCAUCUAUUGCGAUGCAUAUUGUUGCAACAAAGCCAUUAUUUUUAUCAAAAGAAUUGGUUUCUGCUGCAGCUCUAGAAAAUGAACGUGAAAUACUCCGAACUCAGGCUGAAAGUUCAGGGAAAUCCCAAAUGGCUAUGGAUAAAAUGGUGGAAGGUCGAUUAAGGAAGUACUUUGAAGAGGUGGUGCUCAUGGAGCAAAAAUAUGUUCUCAAUGAUAGCACAAACAUUAAGACGGUGCUGAAUGAUUUGUCAAAGGAGGUUGGUUCUAAAGUAACAAUUGGUAAUUUUUUCAGAAUGCAAGUUGGUGAAGGAAUUGAGAGACAUGAAGCUGCUGAUGGGUCAGAACCUGUCGCUAAUGCUGCAUAGGUUUAAAGAAGAUAUGAAUCAAAUGAGACUGUCAGGAUGUAGGUGAAGUUCCUCUUUUUAAAUGCUUUGCUUUUAGGUGUUUGCAGUGAAAUUCUCCCAAAAGCUUCUCUGCCCAAACUGAAUUGAGCUGAAUAACGAUGCUUUUAUCAUAUCAAGUUUUCCAUACAUUCGAAGACCUGCAAAACUGUAUAAUUCAGUUGAAACCGUGUAUGAUUGAACCACAUUCAGAUGGUAAGAAACUAGAGCAGAAUGGGAGUUGGCUCAUACUAUUACUUGAGCAUCACUUGCUUUUGUACUUGGCGCGUGCAAGCCAAAAGGGGUUAUGAGGUGGUGUGCGGGGAUCCCCAACCUGUAUGCAAAGUAUAAUGUGAGGCCAUUUGUUUAUGCUUUUUUUUU